AUGUGAUGCCCGCCUGCCUCUGUUUGAGGCAGCUGCUGGGAUGUGUCCUCACUGAGGGAGAAAUGCGGUCCAGCGUUUGUAUCUGGCUGAUAUUUUGUGCUGUCACAGCGGGAUCGUCUGGGACGUUAAACCGCAGUGAUGAAUUUCGCUUUGCAUCCUAUUAUGGAGACCACAUGGUCCUGCAGAGAGCUCCAGAGAGAGCUGUUGUGUGGGGAUAUGCCACAAAUGGAACUGAGGUGGAGAUUUUUCUAAUAGGACCACAUAGUAAACAAGUAAACUAUACUCCUAUAAUUCAUGGCAUUUGGAAGAUGACCCUUGACGCAGUGCAGGCUGGUGGUCCCUAUAACCUGACUGCUGUGAAGCGAGGAGGUGCUGCAGCCAAGAUCAUGCUCACAGAUAUUCUGUUUGGAGACGUUUGGUUAUGUGGUGGACAGAGCAACAUGGCUUUCACCCUCGCUCAGGUGAAUAAUGCUACAGAGGAACUGGCCCUUGCCUUCAAGUUUCCUAACGUGAGAAUCUUCCAGGCUGCCCUGGAGCAGAGCAGUGUGGAGCUGCUGGAUCUUCCACGGGUACAGGUUCCAUGGUCCCGGCCCACACCAGAGAUCCUUGGGGGAAAAGACUUCACCCACUUCUCCGCUCUGUGCUGGUUGUUUGGCCGCUACCUGUACGAGACCUUGAAUUAUCCAAUUGGUUUAGUGGAGUCAUGCUGGGGAGGGACACCUGUAGAGACCUGGUCUUCUCCAAGGGCGCUGCACAUGUGUGGGAUCAAGACUUCUGAAAGCAGUCAUCUUUGGAAACAGAUGUGGGCUAAUUCAGUGUUAUGGAAUGCCAUGAUCCACCCUUUGCUUAACAUGACCAUCAAAGGAGCCAUAUGGUACCAAGGCGAAAGCAACACAGCGUAUGACCGGGCAAAGUACUCGUGCACUUUCCCUACGUUGAUUGAUGACUGGAGGAUGGCAUUCCACAGAGGCUCAGAGGGACAGACUGCACAGGAUUUCCCUUUUGGAUUUGUACAGCUCUGUGCCUAUAGGAAAAACGUGAAAGACGGAUUCCCAGAGAUUCGCUGGCACCAGACCGCAGACUACGGCUUUGUUCCUAAUGCACGCAUGAAGAAAACAUUCAUGGCUGUUACUAUUGACUUACCAGAUGAGACGUCACCUUGGGGCAGUAUUCACCCUCAGGACAAGCAGGAUAUGGCAUUUAGGCUGGUGCAGGGAGCCCGAGCUGUUGCCUAUGAGGAAAAGGGGGUGUUCUUCCAGGGGCCUUUACUCAGCACGGUCCUGAUGAACCAGACUUUCCUAAACGUCACCUUCAAUCAAAGGGUCAAAGCCACCCUUUCUAAUAACACCUUUGAGAUCUGCUGCUCUAAAGAGAGGAAACCAUGUGAUGAAGGUUCAGCAUGGUUUGCUGCACCGAUGCAGGAACAGGGCAGUAAUUAUGUUUUGGUAUCGGUAGCUACGUGUCCCAACAAUGUAACGGCUCUGCGCUAUGCCUGGAGCGACUGGCCCUGUGCUUUUAAAGCAUGUCCCAUCUACAGCGCAGAUGGAGUCCUACCUGCCCCACCGUUUACCAUUAACCUCAUCAAGCAGCUAACUUGAGUGUACUUGCCUUCAGCCCAAUGCACAGCUGUAUUUAUGAAUAGAAUAAAUUACAGCAGAGCGCCUGAUGUGUGAAUUUCCAAUUCAGAGCGUUUACCACACAUUUGUAGGCUGCUUUGUGGUGAUUGACCAGCAGGUGGCAGUAUUGUCACAGCACACAGAUGGCUACUAAAUGAUUCAGAUGCCUAAUCUGCACUGGCUGCUGUAUCCAUUUGAUUCAAUUUCAUGUUCAAUUUUUUUUUUUUUCUUUUCAUAUUUCCACUUAAUUUGUUUCAGCACUUUGAGACUGGUCUCUCGGUAGCAAAAUAGACAGAAUUAAAUGUAAUAAAUGUGUCAAUAAAUAUUUUUGUAUGUUAA